AUGACAGCAUUCUUCGGCCGCUCGAUCCCGCCAGACAGAUUUUUCCCUUCAUCCGAGCUCCUCACUCGUGAUAGAAGCGAGAUGGGACAGCAACGACUCAAGUUGGAAAGAUUCUUCGCCUUCGACGGGCAAGACACAGACACCCAGCAGCCGCAAAAGAAGCGAGGAGAAAUAGCAAGGACUCCGUCACUCGGAUACGGCGCCUCAAUCUCCCCGGACAGGCAAGAUACAGACAUCCAGCAAUAUCCGGAACAGAAGGGAGAAGAAAUAGCAAAGACUCAGACUGGUGCCUUCCACUCCCUAAGAUACGUGGGAUGCAGAUACCUAGCAGACGGCUACCGCAAGGACACGGAUCCAAUAGCUCCAUCUUCUCGGACAGGCAAGACACAGACAUCCAGCGGCAUCCGCAAUCGAAGCGAGAAGAAAUAG